AUGGCAACUUUAAGUCUCCUUCCAGUCGAACUAAUCUACUGCGUCACAUCCUACCUCGAUGAAUGCGAGAUAGUCUAUUUUAUGCGAACUUCGAAACAUUUUUACUCGGUUCUUAGACGACGCGUAUGGUCAACAUUUACGUUCCACGAGUACUGGCAGGAUGUAUCGAAUUAUUUGGCUAAAUUGGCAGACCUCACCCGUGAAGUCGGCACAGAUGUUCUCGGGUAUCACCAUAUCAAGAAAAUAGAAGUUCUAACACCGAGGAAUAGUUUUGGCCCAAGUCAGAGCAGGAAAAGCGGGUUCCACGAUAUUCUAUUGGGUUUGAUCGAAUCUGGGAAGAUUGAUCUUCGAGAGAUUUAUAUUAGAGGAAAUGGAAUCAACAGAUGGCCUCAAAUUCGAUAUGAUGAGUACGAUGAUACCGGGAAAUGCAACUCCCCGAGUUUGGUUUUCUUGCGCCGGAUUAAAGAAUACGCUCAGUCAAAGUCUAUCCGAGAGUUCUCGAUGAAUAUAGCUACCAGUAACAUCUUGUCUUUGGUUGAGGCGGAUGUUGUAGAGUUUCGGCUUCUCACAAAGUUAUCGGUGUGCAUGACUUUGGAUUUUAGGAGACCCCCGGAAUACGAGACUACCCCGGGCCAAAGUGCACACAUAAACCAAGGCGAUAGAUAUCUCGCCACGUUGCCAGGGGUUCUAAACCAGACAGCCGAGCUAAGGGAGUUAAGAUUCCGUGCAAAUAUAGGAAGAUGUAUGGAGGAUGGACCAGGCUCGAUCCACGAUCCAAAGCUUGCCGAACCUUUGGAAAACCUCCAAACCGCUAUCGGAAAUCUCAAACGAUUACGGGUGCUUAAGAUUGGAAACGACGAGUCCACAGAUUGUACUAGCGAGCAGAUUUUCUUCCACCCAUCUUUCUUUAUGAUACCCCCUGAGACUUGCGAAGUUGUGGAGUACUAUGCAACAGUUUCGGUUGCUUGGUGGCGGAAAUUUGCUUCCCACCAUUUUUCAGGCGUGAAGCAGUUAAAACUCAACAUUACGCCUAUGGGAUUGGAGGGCCGUUGGUGGGUGGGUGGAGACAGCGUGGAUUUACGAUUGUAUUCUGUGGCGGUGGCGGGGCUAAAGGAGUUUGUUGUGGAUGCUAGAGAAUUCUCCGGGGCGGAUCCUGACCGGCACAAAUACCCACGAGAUUUGAUUGAUUGCGUAAAGCGCAAGAAUAACUGUUCCAUCGUGGAGUUGACUGGGACAGUGAAGCGGCCGCGGUAA